AUGAUCAUAACUGAACAAGGCCAACUGCGGACAUGUAUAUACCCUAAACCAGCAGCUGGACCUUUUAUACUCCCGUAUACAUCAGAAUAUCCACGUCAUAUUCAUCGUAAUAUACCCUAUGCUGCUUUAUUAGGAGCUGCUAGAACAUGUUCUAAUAGAUUCUUUAAUGUCAAUAAUGCAAUAUCAGUACUACAGACAUUCAAUGAACAAGAUUAUCAUCAACUACACCGAAUAUCAUUACAGCAAUCAACACGAUGGGAAAAGAAGCUUAAACUAAUGUUAAACAACCCUAUUCAAUCACCAACAGUCUUACAGCAAGCCUCAUGGAAUAAAAACAUCAUGCAUCCGCGAAUUCAAUAUGAUUGCUCAACAGCCAUCGAUCAUCGAAAACAAUUCUUAAAAUGGUGA